AUGCACGGCCGUCACCGCCUUGCAGCAGCCCAUGCAACGGGCAGUGUGCAAUGCGACCUGGUUCUCCCAUUCGCUGUCGCCGCGCUGGCGAUCAUUGUUUUGAACUUUUGCAUUGUCCUCUUAUCACCCCUCCUGCAUUGGCACGGAUGCAAUUUGUCCGACCAGUUAUACCAGGAAGGACCUCGGCGACUGAAGCAGCUCGCCGAAGGCCCGGUUCUCGAGGCCUGGUCUUGCCUGCACAGCCUGGACCGCAGCUCCCUCCGCCUGCUUCCUGACAAGGACCUGGAGCAGCGGGCCCGACAGACACCGCGAUGGCUCUUCAUCGGUGUAUCCUCGGUACAGAGGAAGGCUGAAUACCUGGGUCUCACUUUGUCUCACCUUUUUGACGCCAUGGGGGCCGCGACGGACACAGGUAUCGUUGUCCACCUCGCAGACUUCGACGAAACUUGGGUCAGCAAAUCUCACGAGUGGCUCCGCUCUGGCUUCGACGACGAGGUGCAGGCGAAUCGUUUACACGUGAUCCAUGCCCCAGAGAAGCUGUAUCCCUCGAAGGAGGAGGUCCAGAAGAGCACAAAGUUCGGUGAUCCGCCGCAUAGGCAGUGGUGGAGAGCCAAGCAGAACAUGGACUACGCUUACUUGAUGUGGUAUGCAGCUGGCCUGUCGGAGUACUACAUGCAGCUCGAAGACGACGUCCAGGUUGUUCCGAGCUUUUUGCCGACAGUACGUCGUUACAUGAGAGAGAAGGCGGCCGGCAACGAGUGGGUGAUGAUCGCCUUCUCGAAGCUGGGCUUCAUCGGCAAAACUUUCAGGUCCUCCAGGCUCCCGAAGCUCGCGGAGUUCCUCUUGGCCUUCCACGACCAGGCUCCCUGCGACUGGCUAGUUUGGAUCUUCAUUGAUGCAGCUUCCUCACAGCCGGUAACCGGGCAGAUUGCCAAGGAGAAGGGGGCAGCACAAACGAGACUCGUGUCCUGA